AUGGUGGCUCCAUGCACUUUCGGCGCCUCUCUCGUUGAUGGACCAGUGGGCGGCCGCGUCCAGCCCUCGCCGGCGCAUGUGCUGCCCAGGCCGAGCCCCUCCCCGCACCGCCCUCAUCCACCACGGCAAAGCUCCGCGCCGCCCGCCACGGCCGAGCCCCCGCGACGUCCGCCACGGCCGCGACCCGCGCCGCCCUCGUCCGCCGACGCCGUGCCUCGCGCGCCCUCGCCCGCCACUGCCGCGACCCGCGCCUCCUCGCCACGCCACGCCCGCCAUGGCCGCGCACGUGCUCGCUGCGCCAUGCCUCGCCACGGCCGCGCCGUCGCCGGCCUCGCCUCGCCCGCGCCUCGCCGGCCUCGCCUCGCCCGCAUCGUCGCUGGCCUCGCCACGACCACCAUGGCCGCGCGAGGGCUCGCCGCUCCGCGCCUUGCCAGGGUUGCGUCGUCGCGGGCCUCGCCUCUCCGCGCCGUCGCCGGCCUCGCCACGCCCGCCAUGGCGCGCAGGGGCUCGCGCGGGGCUCGCCGCGCCCCGCCGUCACCUGCCGCGCCAUGCCUCGCCACGGCCAAGCCGUCGCCGGCCUAG